AUGAAUUUUAAUACUAUAGAUUUAAAUCAAGCAGAAAAAGCAGUUGCUUCAUUUACUACUGAUGAUAAUGAACAGAAAUAUCAACCAAAAACAUUGGUUCUACAUAAUGAAGCACGUCGUAAUUAUUUACCUUUAUUUCCAACCAUCUCUUUUAGUCGAAAUAAUCAUCUACUCUUAGCUAAUGUACCAGUUACUCAUAUUGGACCUAGUGAAAUUGUUCGACGUCAACAUGGAGCAAAUACUGUUGAUGCUAUAACACUAAUGAACAAUUAUAAGUAUUCUGAUCAUGAUGGAUUUAGUUUGUCUGAACGAGAUGCUGAAGAAUUAUCUAAACGAUUGCAAAUUGGAAAAUCAAUUAUCACAUUCAAUGCUACUCAAAUUCGUAGUAUCUGUUAUUAUUUUCUUGAAUUAUAUAAAUCAUUUCGAAAAAAUAUUCUACUUCAAAAUGAUAUUGCCUUAGAAGAAUUCACACUUAAUUCGAAACAAAUGGUCGUGCUACUUGAAUUCUAUCUACAACUAGAUGUGGAUUUAUUUUACAUGAAAACUUGUUCGUUUCGUGGAGCUGAACCACACGCCAUCACGAAAGGUCUAUUCUGUGGAAAUGAUGAACCACAUGCACGAUAUGCGAUGUCUCCAUGUGUCAAUCCAUUUUGUCCAUGUUGUCAUCCGUCAAGAAUGGAUGAUAGAACACAAAAUCAAUUACGGCCAGUGGCUGAUUUUGCUACAAGUUCAAUGCAUCAAUUUCUAAAUGGAUAUACAACAUAUCUUAAUUGUCCAGUCACAUGUAGAACAUCGAAUGUAAUCUAUACGAUGACAUGUCCAUGUGGUCAUUAUGAUUAUGUGGAUUCAACUGCAAAGACAUUGGUUGAUGCUAUAAUUUAUCAUCGAAAACAUGGUAAUCGAAUUAUACAUGAAAUGUUAACUGGUAUUUCUCGAUCUUCACAUCCAUUUUACGAUCGAAACUUCGAUGAAACGAAAAUGGCCGAUAAAAUGCGUCUCUAUCAACAUUCGGCACGUUGUCCGACAGCACUUCAUUUAUUUCUCGACUGCAAUCCGAGCUAUUGGUGUUUUAUUCCUAUGCUGAAGCAUGAGGCACGAGCUGAAAACAUUGCUUAUGUUCGACAAGCAACAGGAAGUUCCUCAUCUUCCUUCCACACGACAAUGGGUGCUCAAUUAAGUCAUUUAAGUGCGACGAGCCGCAUUCAUAGAAAUUCUAGAGUGAUUCCUUAUCUUCAUGAUGUGCCACGAUCACCGUCGACUAGCUAUGAGUUUUCAGCGGAACAAAGUCAAAAACAAUGUUUAUUUUUCGAAGAACUUCUUUCGUUUUCUUCUGCUAUUGAUCAUUUGCCCUAUUCUACAGUGAACUUGUAUAAAAUAGCAAUUAUUGCCGUUUUGCCAGAUGAUUGUUCGAUUACACUACGAUACAUUAUCGAAACAUUGUUCGUUAUUCAUGGUGAAACUAAAUUAAAUAUGAUUUGUCCUAUUGGCGGUGAUCCUGAACAACGCUAUGGUCGUCCGUAUGAUCCUAUUUGGUGUGUUAAUUUGCAUCAGCCAUCCGUUUGUACGGUAACAACAAUAACAACUACUCAACGAUGA